AUGACAAUUAAAACAACAAAACCAAUUCCUGAUUUUCCUACAUUUGCUGCCUCUUUCAUUAAAAAACAUCCUGAAUAUGAUGGCCGUGACACUAUUAUUGCAAUAUUGGAUACUGGUGUUGAUCCUGGUGCUGCCGGUCUUCAGGUUACUACUGAAGGAAAACCAAAAAUCAUUGAUUUGAUUGAUUGUACUGGAGCUGGCGAUGUAAUCACAAAAACCAUUGUUAAAUCUAUAAUUCAAGAUGGAGGAAGUGAAGUUUUGUACACCAUUCAGGGUUUAUCAGGCCGUACUUUAAUCAUUGAUCCUGAUUGGAAUAAUCCAUCUGAUGAAUUUCAUAUUGGAAUGAAAAGAGCUAUUGAAAUGUUUCCAAAACCUUUGGUUUCAAGAUUACAAAAAGAAAGAAAACAAAGGAUCGAAGUUGAUCAUCAAAAAUAUAUAACGGAAAUUCAACAAAAACUUGCUUUAUGGGAAGAAGAACACCCACCAUCUUCCGGUCCAUCUGAAGCCGAUGUUUUAAUUAAAUCUGAUCUUGAAGCUAGAUUAGACGUUCUAAAAGAUUUAUUCAGGAACUAUGAAGAUCCUGGUAUGAUUUUUGAUGUCGUUACCUUUUUUGAUGGAAAUGAUUGGCGUGUUGUUAUAGAUAUCGAUGAAUCUGGCGAUUUAAGAGGUGGUCCAUUAUUAACUGAUUAUAGGAAAGAAAGACAAUAUCAUACAUUUAGUCAAGAAGAUUUACUUAAUUUUUCGGUCAACAUUUAUGAUGAAGGAAAUCUUGUUAGCAUUGUAAUGGUUUCGAGCACUCACGGCACUCAUGUUGCUGCCAUUGCUGCGGCAAAUUUCCCUGAUGAGCCAACAUUAAAUGGGGUUGCGCCUGGAGCACAGAUCGUUUCACUUAAAAUUGGUGAUGUUCGGUUGGGAAGUAUGGAGACAGGAACUAGUUUAGCAAGAGCAGCCAUGGCUUUAGUCAAUACUAAAGCCGAUGUUGCUAAUAUGAGUUACGGCGAGGUUACCGCUGUGCCAAAUUACGGCCAUUUUUCUAAUUUGAUUCGCGAUGAAGUUAUUGGAAAAUAUGGUUGUAUUUUUGCUUGUAGUGCUGGUAAUAAUGGUCCGGCAUUAACUACUAACGGUUCUCCUGGUGGUACUACUAGCGCUGAAUAUGCUCUACUUGAUUCUGUUCCUGAACGGGCCUAUACAUGGAGUUCUCGAGGUCCAGCUACUGAUGGUGAUGUAGGUGUAACUAUCUAUGCUCCUGGAGGUGCAAUCGCAUCAACUCCACCUUAUUGUUUACAAAAAUCGCAAUUAAUGAAUGGAACCUCUAUGUCUUCGCCUAAUGCAACUGGCUGUAUUGCACUAUUAUUAUCUGGUCUUAAGGCACAAAAUAAAAAGUACACUCCAUAUAGAAUAAAAAAUGCUAUUGUUAAUAGUGCAAAAUCUGUUGAUGAAACCUUUGAUGUUGGCAUGAUUCAAGUUGAAAAAGCAUGGGAUUAUCUUCAGAAAUUUUAUGAUCGUUCAGAUCAAGAUCAAACUUUUCAGAUUUUGAUUCCUGAUAGACCAAGAUAUAAACGUGGUAUUUAUUUGAGAGAAGCUAACGAAACAUCAAGUGUACAAGUAAUUUCAGUUGAAGUUAAACCAAAAUUUAUUAAAGAAAUUGAACCAACAUCUGGUGAAAAUAACACAAAAAAAUUUGAUUUUGAAAGUCGUUUGGCUUUAAUUAGUACACGUCCAUGGGUUCGUUCACCUGAUUUUUUAUUUUUGGGAAGUCAAGGGCGAACUUUUGAUGUUAAAGUUGAUCCUACACAGUUGACGCCUGAACGUGGUCCACUAUUUAAAAUACCAAUUACAGUUGCCAAGCCUGAACUUUUAGAUAAUUCAAAAAUUGUUUAUGACAAUUUAAAAUUUUUGCCUGGUCAUAUUGAAAGAAGAUUUUUGAGAGUUCCAAAAGGUGCAACAUUUGCAGAUGUGACUUUGAAAUUUUCCGUAACACCAUCCUCCACACCAACACGGAUGUUGCUACACACAAUUCAAUUAUUGCCACAAAAAAGAUUCACUUCUUAUGAGAAAAAAGAUUUUUUUACUAUUAAUAAAACUGGUUUUAAUGAUUGUGGUGAUGAUGAUUAUCAUAUUGAAAGGAAAAGAUUUGUUGUCCGUGGUGGCGUUACGAUGGAGGUUACUGAAAUUGUCUUUCAUGGAAUUGAAAUCACCAACACCACUACAAAUGGAGGUGAAACUGUUUUUGUUAACGGUGGUUGUCCUUUCACACAUGUUCUCCGUAAAGCUAUAAGACCUUCUGAAAUGUCACUUAAACCAUUAAGCCCAACUCGAGAUAUCAUUCCUUCUUCUAGGCGAUCUUUUGGUUUAAUACUUACUUACAAGUUUACUACCAUUGAUAAAAAUUUAUCAUUCACGCCAAGAUUUCCAGCAUUCAAUCAUUUAUUGUAUGAUUCUUAUUUCGAGGAUUUUUUUGCCAUAAUAUUUGAUGCCAACAGAAAAGUUAUCGGGUACCUUGACAUUUAUCCGAGCACUUUUAAACUAGAAAGUAAAGGUGAUUAUGUGAUUAGAGCACAAGUUCGUCAUCAGUCUCAACCAAUCUUGGAAAAAUUAAAUAAUACUGUAUGUUUGUUAGACUUUAAUCUUUCAAAAAAAGUUAGCCUGGACAUAUAUAAUCAAAUCUCGGAUGUUUUCACUUCGAGUAAAUCUACAGUUGGUAGAUUGGCAUUGGAAAAAGGUUCUAGACAAGCAUUAUUUAUUGGUUCACCUAAUGACUAUUCAUCUUAUCCAAAAGAUGCAAAACCUGGUGAUAUUUUAAUAGGAAAAUUGAAUUUUAUAAAUAAUUCUGCAAAUAGAAUUGAUGGCGGUCAAAAUUUUAUUAAUUUAAUUAUUCCACCUGCUCCAAUCAAACCUAAAGAACUAAUACCAAGUGAUAAUAAUAAUGCUACUGCUGGUAAUAAUAGCGAUGGUGAUCCUGGGAAAGAUUCAGGUUCUGAUGAUGUUGAUGUUGCUCAAUCAACAGAAAUACCACCACCACCAAUUGAGAAAACUAAAGAAGAAAAGGCAAUUGAAAAUUUGAAUGAAGCAAUUCGUGAUGUACAAAUUGCCAAUUUAAAAAAACUUCCAAUUGAUUCCAGUUAUCUUACUGAUCUACUUUCAGAGCUUGAAGAUAAAUAUCCAAAGCAUUUACCACUUUAUCAAGCUAAAUUAGAAAUAUUUUUGGAAACUGCCAAAUCUUCUACCUCUAAUACUAAUACCACAGAAUUAACAGUAGAAAAUGCAAAAAUAGUUAUAGAUACAGCAGAUGAAUUAUUAUCAAAGAUUGAUUUGCUUGAAUUGGCACGAUAUUAUGGAGUUAAACAAGAAACAAACGUUAAUGAAUCGGCCAAAAAAAACAAAAAGGAGAAUGAUGAAAAAAAGAAAGUGGCAGUAUUAGCAUUACGUUCUAAAGCUCAGGCUUUAAUGGUUCUUGCACAAAAAGCUGCUGCAACAAAUAAAAAUGGUUUAUUGGAACGAUUUGAAGAAACUUAUAAAUCUUUAAUACAAUGGUUAGAUUCUAUUCCACCAACUUCAGAUAUAAAAAACUUGCUUGUUUACAUUAGUAGGGAGCGCCAAGCAAAACGUUAUGGUAAUGCACUUAAAGCCAUUAAUAAAUAUUUUGUUGAGAAUAGCCUUACCAAUGAUAGUACUAGAGAUUAUGAGAAGUUGUUUGAUAUAAAAUCUGAUAUAUUGAAAGAAGUUGGUUGGACAAUUUGGGAAAAUAAUGAGAAAAAAUGGAAAUUGAUUAGAAUACCACCUUCAGGUUAUCCGUCAUUUUAA